CAAGAAGCGCCGAGGUGGAGCAACUGCGCGUGGCGACUAUGGCGCUCUUCCAUGUAGCACGCUAUCCGGACCCCGAGGCGUCCGGGCUCGGGGAUACAGAGGCCGAGGCUGGCAGCCGGGCACGAGUGCUCCUCGAGCGCCUGCAGAGCCGAGCCCGUGAGCGGCAGCAGCGGGAGCCGAAGCCUGAGUCCGCCGAGGCGACCGCGGAAGCGACCGGCAGGCGGCGUCGACGGCCCCGGCGGCGGCGUGGAGUAGGCGGCUCGGUGUCUCAGUGCCCGGAGGCUCCUAGGGCCAAGCGGCAGAAAGCAGACGUCAACGCGGAUUCAGGCUCAGAGAGCGGCGAGGAGGCGCUUGGGGAGCUUAACACCGCCUCAGAGGACUCAGGUGAGAGGCCCCCAGAGGAGGCCCCGAGAUCCCCGGCUCCAGGCCCGGUGCUGGGGAACUUUGCAAGGAGGAAGACACCGAAGAUCCAGCCUUUCCUGCCGACAUGGCUGGCAGAGCCAAACUGUGUCAAGAAGAGUGUCACUGAGGAUCUUACUCCGAUUGAGGACAUCCCUGGGGUUCACCCUGACUUGCAGAAGCAGCUGAGGGCUAAUGGCAUCUCUUCCUACUUUCCAGUCCAGGCAGCUGUGAUUCCUGCCCUCCUGGAGAGUGCAGACAGUGGGUUUCUGGUAGGCAGAGGUGGCUACCAACCCAGCGACCUCUGUGUUUCUGCCCCAACGGGCAGCGGGAAAACACUGGCCUUCGUCAUACCCGUGGUACAGGCCCUGUUGCAUCGAGUGGUCUGCCACAUCCGUGCACUGGUUGUGCUCCCUACUAAGGAGCUGGCCCAACAGGUGAGCAAAGUAUUCAACAUCUACACGGAUGCCACACCUCUGAGGGUUGCUUUGGUGACUGGGCAGAAGUCACUGGCCAAGGAGCAGGAGAGCCUUGUCCAGAAGACAGUAGAUGGUUACCAUUGCCUGGCUGACAUUUUGGUGGCCACACCUGGCCGCCUGGUGGACCACAUUGACCAGACCCCAGGAUUCAGCCUCCAGCAGCUUCGCUUCCUGAUAAUUGAUGAGGCUGACCGGAUGAUAGACAGCAUGCACCAGUCCUGGCUGCCCCGAGUGGUGGCAGCAGCCUUCCACAGCGAAGGCCCCUCAGGUUCCUGUGCCCUGCUCCAGAGGACACAGCCCCAGGCUGUGACUACUGCCAGCACCUGCCUUCCCCAGGUGCCUCUACAGAAGCUGCUGUUCUCAGCCACACUGACCCAGAACCCUGAGAAGCUGCAGCGACUUGGCCUCUAUCAGCCCAGGCUUUUCUCCACAAGGCCGGGGCACAAAGGCCCUAAAGACACAGUGGAGGUGGACGAAAACUUGGGGAAGUACACCUUCCCUGUGGGGCUCACGCACCACUAUGUGCCCUGUAGACUCAGCUCGAAGCCACUCAUUGUCUUACACCUGAUCCUUGGGAUGAACUUCUCAAGGGCCCUUUGCUUCACCAACUCUCGGGAGCAUUCCCACAGGCUCUUCCUGUUAGCACAAGCUUUUGGGGGUGUGAGUGUGGCUGAAUUCUCCUCUCGAUAUGGCCCUGGCCAAAGGAAGAAAAUCUUGAAGCAGUUUGAACAGGGAAAGAUCCAACUCCUCAUCAGCACAGAUGCUACUGCUCGAGGCAUUGAUGUGCAGGGUGUGGAGCUGGUAAUCAACUACGAUGCCCCCCAGUACCUGAGGACCUAUGUGCAUAGGGUCGGGAGAACAGCCCGAGCUGGAAAAACAGGACAAGCCUUCACACUUCUGUUGAAAGUGCAGGAAAGGAAGUUCCUCAAGAUGGUAUCAGAAGCUGGGGUGCCUGAGCUGGCAUGCCAUGAGAUCCCCAGGGAGCUCCUGCAGCCGCUGGUUGCCCGUUAUGAGAUAGCCUUGUCUCAGCUGGAGAAGACUGUCAAGGAAGAGCAAAAGCUGAAGAUGGCCUAGAUGGGAACAAGGGCCUGGAGGAAGCACCCAGCUGAAAAGAAUGUUGUAUAUAAACAGAAGACACAGUUCCUUGGGGUUCCAAUGGGAACCCUUCCCCUCAAGCACCAUGGUCAUCUUGGGCCAGGCACCCAAGGUGGUGACUUAGUUCUGAAAAGUAAUGACCCUUUGGUUUGUACUGCUGGGUUCCAGUUGGUCUAUGGAAAUAAGCUCAGGUAAAGCUGAAGGGUGCCUGCAGGAGUGUGAGGAAAAACUAUGGUCAGCUUUACAGUGACUGCAGGUUAAAUAAAGUGCUCUAAUAUUAGCA